AUGUCACUGUCGAUUUGUUAUGAUGUCACCAUGCAGUCGUCAAUCCUAGUUUUUUCCUUCUUUUUGGGUGUCUUGAUGAUUUUUUCUGCUGCCUUUUUCAAAGGUAUGUCCUCUGGAAAUGAAGCAAUUCCAUUCUCUUGUGACAAAGAAGUCGAGUUUGUCGAAAAUAUGAAAAUUAAAAAAGAAGAAAAAGCACUUGUUCUCGACAAAAAGUCAGUUUGCCCGAAUGUCAACAUCAGUGAUGAGAAAUUAGAAACAGAUGAAGAAGAAAAUUACGACUUCUGGUGGGACACAAUCAAGUUGGAUCUUUCAUUUGAGCAAAAGAUGGAGAUGAAUCAUCAGAUGAUCGACUCCGGCGUUUUCGACAUGGACUUUCAAAAGGCUGCUGUCGAAGCGCCCUCUAUGACUUUGGAACGAAAGGGAUCUGAUGUUACAAUCUUGUGCUUCGAAGAAAAUAUCCACAUCGCCUCCAAGGCCGCAGAUGUCAUUUUUGAAAGGCAUCAACUGGAAUGUGACCUUAUCAAAUUUUCAAAAAUGGAUUCUCAAGGGAUGGAGUUGAUUCUCCAGUCGCUGCAAAAGACGAAACAUUUGGUAGUGAUCGAAGAUGAGUGGUCAAACACUGGAAACGAAGUUUUUAUGGCGAUAAGGGAUUGUGAAGGCUACAGUUUCUACUGCGAAAGGAAGACUGGAUACGGAAGGAUAAUCAAAGUCAAGGAAUAA